GGACACACGUAGGGGCCCUGUGGGACCCGGUGAUGAUAGGGUGUCAGGCUCUCUGGAAGUGACCAGGCCUGGGGAACAGGGCAUGGCGCAGGUGGAUGGGGUCCCCCGGCCCGGGGCUGCCCUGGGCCAGGCCUGCAUCUUCAAGCUGGUUCUCCUGGGCAGUGGUUCUGUGGGCAAGUCCAGCUUGGCUCUCCAGUAUGUGAAGAAUGAUUUCAGGAGCAUCCUGCCGACCGUGGGAUGUGCGUUCUUCACAAAGGUGGUGGAUUUGGGGGCUGCGUCUCUGAAGUUUGAGAUCUGGGACACGGCUGGCCAGGAAAAGUACCACAGCGUCUGCCACCUCUACUUCAGGGGUGCCAAUGCUGCGCUUUUGGUGUAUGAUGUGACCAGGAAGGCUUCCUUCUGCAAGGCGCGGCAGUGGCUGAAGGACCUGGAGGAGGAGUUCCACCCGGGAGAAGUCGUGGUGAUGCUGGUCGGCAACAAGACGGACCUCAACCAGGAGCGGGAGGUGACCUUUGAGGAAGGGAGGGAGUUUGCAGAGAGCAAGGGGUUGCUGUUCAUGGAAACCUCGGCCAAACUGAACCACCAGGUGACUGAAGUCUUCAGUGCUGUCGCCCGAGAGCUUUUGCAGAGACAAGAGAAGAAGGAGGGCCAGAGGCAGCAGGGGGAUGCACGGCUGGCUCUGAAUGAGACGCCCCCGGGGCGGGGCAGAUGCUGCGCCCGCUAGAAGGGGCCACUCCAGGAAAGGCCGUGGGGAGGAUGCGCCCAGCCCACAACCCACUGGUCCUCAGGGUGAGCCACCGCCAGCUCCACGUCGCUUGUGGUACUUAUCCCGAUUCACUGUUGAUGCUGGCUUGCUCCUGAGUCCUAGAGGCUCUGCAAGAGGGCAUCCCUUAGA